AUGGCUGUUCGACUUCGGAGAAAUUUGUUUGUAUCUCUGAUCAUUUUACUGAUUCUGCUGGCCAUGUACAUGGUUGCUCUGUACCGAGGUAAGCUACCAUUUAACCUUUUUCAAAUUUCAAUUCUUGUAUAUAUCUUGACCGAUAAAGGACACUGAUUUUCGUUAUUCGUUUGUUGGCUAACUAACUAACUUCAAAAAUAGAAAAAUGGUGCUUUCACUCCGCGCACUUUCCUUUCGUCAGAUAAGUAUGCGGCAUAAAUGACGUGUAUCAAAACUGCUGCCACAGUUCACCACACUGCACGAAAAUUGGAUUUACAUCAAAUUUACUUAGGGCAAAUUUAGUGCAAAAAAGUGUAAACUAAGGUUAAAUAAAGGGUAAAGAUCAUAAAUACCGCAUUUGCCCUAAAAUUUACACCCUCCUGUAAACUGGCAAGCAAAUGCCGUAUUUACCAUCGUUGCUUUUAAUUUCCCCCUAGCUCGCACUUUUUUGCACGAUAUUUACACCGAGUAAAUUUGUGUAAAUCCAAUGUUUCACGGGGUGCUACAUAACUGAAUCCUUCCUGCUUUUUUUUUUUCUAAUUAAUGUGCAGUUGAACCCUUCUUUAACCAUUAGGAACGCUCAACUGGACCAAGAAAUAUGGCAAACGUAACGCAUGUAACUUGAUGCUCUGCAAUACGUUUCUAUCAAAAUUUCCUCACAAAGAAAAAUAAUCGCCAUCUCCUGCAUUAACUUCAAACUAGCCAGAGUUUCUAGCGAUGAAAUGACUGUCUAUUGGAGACUCCCGUCUUUACAUUUGUUACUUCUUUUUUACCUUAAGGUUUUCCAAAAGAUUCAGUGUCCAACUUUUUAUUCUUUAUUUUUAUUUUUUUGUUUUACAGAAAGCCUUGGGUAAUGAAAGUUUGAAACUCAGAAAUUAAAAUGUCUCGUUAAAUAAAUAUGUUUUGCAUUUUUUCUCCUUUAAAUGUGUUAAAACCUUUACUUAAAUGGUUACGACUGAAGGUGAAUCAAUCACUCUUGGUUUUACACAUGAUAUAAUGCUGCGAUUAUUUGGAUAAGCAAUAUUCCUUUGUUAGAUAUUAUUAACAGAAAGGUUUUAAUCACAUAUUCAUUGGGCAAGUGAUAUAAAUGGCUUUUUAUGGCUAAUUAACGUCAGAGAUGUUUCCUACAGAAGUUGUCCUUGGCAGCUCCUUGUCAAGACUGAACACUUGUCAGGAUUGAUAUUUGCCAGCGGUAAUGACUCAACAAGGACUCUUGUCAAGGAAACGCUAAGGGCAGGCCAAGGAUUUGUCGGCGCGGGCAAUAAUGAUAACUAUUGGUCAAGAAAAAUUGCAGUUAAAGAGAGGGUUUAUUUUAACUCGAUAGUAAUUUUUAUUUUUCAUCUUUGUUGUCCCUGUAACUUACAUUACUUCCUCCAUAGAUGUUGAAGUGGUCAGGUUCUUGCCCGAAGUAGAUAAAACAGCAGGCAUUGCUAAAAAAGAACUCAAGGUAGGUUAAAUCAUGUCGUGUUAUUACAGGUGUUAAUAGUAUAGGAGAAUGAUGUUUAUCUAGCCGGCAUAGCCAAGGCGUUUCUGUGCGGUUCCACGAGGCCAAAACCGAAAAUUCCGAAACGGAAACGCUUGCUACGCAGGCUAAUAUUUAUCUGUCACGAUUUUAUCCUCUUUAACGAUCGUUUUGUUUGCGAGAUCGUUUAAUGUCUUUUUAAUGGACUCGUGUCGACAAAGUCUCAACUAUACUAAAGAAUUAAGAGAUGGUAAAGGUAGUACGGACCGGCUGGAGUUGUAGGUAGAAGACUUUGUGGAUCAUUUUACGUUUCUGGGAAACUGCCCACCUACCCCUCCCCUAAGCCAACAUUAACACUUACUUCUCACUUAGGGCAAAAUGCUGGCUUAGGGGAGGGGUAGGUGGGCAGUUUCCCAGAAACGUAAAAAAUUUGCUUGUUUCAUGUCCUGUUUAGCCUGUUUGUGUAAAAAAUGCACUUUAUUUGAGUGUCAAUGUUGUAUUUAAAGUACUAAUUAGGGACACUACUUGCCGCCGGUUUACACGGUUUAAGCGCCCCUACCGACCAAACUAAUCCUGAUUGUCCUGAUUUCUAAUCGAACCUUCUGGCUAAAGCUCUCACGUUAGUCAAUCCACUUUUCAGAUAGAGAAGGAUGAUCACCUUUUGGAGCGGAUUAAACAGAGACAAAGUGAGCGACAGCAGCGACUCAUAGACUACUGUGAGAAGCACGCUUCAAGCAGAAAUCGAAGCGAUCGAUACGAUCAUCCUAUAAUUGUUAACGACGAGUACAAAGUAAUCUUCUGCUAUAUUCCCAAGGUGGCCUGCAGUCAAUGGAAACGUGUCUUUCUUGCUCUUGAUAACCGCAUCGAUGUGGAUGAUGUGCAUGAUAAUAAACAUUAUAAAUUUCUCUUAUAUGAUUAUUCGGACGAGGAUAUUAAAGUGAGGCUAAAAUCUUACUUUAAGUUUCUAUUUGUUCGCGAACCACUCGAGAGGCUUUUGUCAGCCUACAAUAACAAGUUUGUAAACAACCAAUGGCCUUGGACGAGGAUUCAAAGUUAUAAAACGAAAAUUUUGGAAAGAUACGAACAAGAUGAACUCAGCUCCAAUAGUUCUGACCAGGAUCUUACUUUUAAGAAGUUCAUUUAUUAUGUGAGUGAUGUUGGGUUUGAUGCAGAUGCACACUGGCGAUCGUACGGCUCAAUUUGUCACGCGUGUGAUAUAGAGUACGAUUUCAUCGGUCAUUUUGAGGACAUACCAGAAGAAGCACCUUAUAUCCUACGGCAAACAGGAAUGGAUCGGGCGGUGACCUUUCCUCCGUUUCUUACCCACAAUACUACAAGUCAACUUCUUAAAAGCUAUGCCCCGAUACCCAAGGAGAAGAUCGCUCAGCUGGGUAAGGCCUUUGAAGAAGACUUUGAAAUGUUUAAUUACGAUUUUCCAGGGCCUCUAUCCGAUCUCAUGCACGAUUAG